CGCAUCCUCCCCCGCUUCUUCUUCUUCUUCUCCGCCCUCCCCUCCCCAUCUCCCUCCUCCCUCUUCUUCCUCCUUCCCCCUACCAAACCCCGCCUCUUCUCCCUCCUCACCACCAAAUCCCACGUCGCUCUCUCCUCCCCCUCUCUCGAAACCCUAGAUUCCACCCCCGCGCCGCUCGAGGACGAUCCCUUACCGAUCCGGAUCCCCUUCGACAAGCUCUUCAUUCCCCCGGAGGUCGACCUUCCCCUCGGCGGCGCCGCCGCCCCCGCCUCCGCCGCGGCUGCUGCGAGCGGGAGGGUGCUCAAGGGGUCCAACAUCGUGCUCGGCCCCUACGCUAAGGAUGCUCAGGUUGUCACCGCCGAGUUCGUGAAGAGUAGUGUGAGGACCGAGGAUUGCCCUGCCGACGGCCUCCCCGAGUUCGCCCUCAUCGGCCGAUCCAACGUCGGCAAAUCCUCCCUCCUCAAUUCCCUCGUCCGCCGCAAGCGCCUCACCCUCACCUCCAAGAAGCCAGGAAAAACCCAACUCAUCAACCAUUUCCGAAUAAACGAUAGUUGGUACCUUGUUGAUUUGCCUGGAUAUGGCCUCCGUUGGCCUGAAGCGGAUCGUGCACGUUGAACCCUCCGACAACCUGAAGCAAACCCUCCGACAACCUAAAGCGGAUCUUGCACUAGUUCGUCAACGCGCGAGCCCUCUGACAACCUGAAGCAAACCCUCUACUCUGCAGCCCUCUCUCAUCAGUUCUAGAACUCUGCAGCCCAUUGCCCCUUUAGCCCUCUGUGAGCCGCGCCUAGUCUCUCUCUAUAAAAUGGGGUUAAGUAUCUCAAGGCACCAACAUUUGCACUUGUUGCGCCCCACACAUUUUUGAAGAAAAAGCGGAUCUUAUGUUCUCUUGAAGGUGUAACCUGAGAUUUCCCAAGCUUCAUGGAGGUUAGGAUAUUCUCCCGUACCUACUGUUUUGGCAUUUUUAUUUGCAUAGAAGUAAUGAUAUCACUCUUGUGUAAUUUCAAUCUUUGAAAUAACUCUGUAUUGUAUUUAAGUCACUUUCAACGGUGUUUGUGUUACAAUAAUAACUUCCCGACCAAGUUACAAAGAAUUUCUUAACUAACCUUUAAUUCAGCUACAACAAGAUCCCAACAAGCAAAAGAGGAAGGUAAGAUCACUUCCAGCCCACCAGAAUCUCAGCUACAUGAGGUAAUCAAGAGAAGUUCCAUCGAAACCAAAAACUAGCUAAAUUUCAUCUCAAUCCCCAAUAUUACCUCAAUUUGCCUCCCACUAACUUUGAAUCCAGCUGAAACCAAAGUCCUACAAGUUCCUCAGCUCCAGAGUAAGUAGAAGAACUCAAAGAAAUCCCCACUCCAAAUACAGAUGAUGCUGGAAUAGAAAUUAGAAUCAAAAUUCUAACGAAACCGACCAAAAAUCCAAUUUCCCCACAAAUCCUCUAAAUCACAUCAACCUACCUCUAAUCCAGCAGCAAGAAAUCAAUCCCCAAGCUCUUCUCCAUCAUCUACGGCUCGAGCAAGCUCCAAUUGAGCAAUGCAAAGGCUGCGUAGGGAGGAAAACAACAAGGUGCGCUAAGAGGAAAAAUGCAAGGAGCGAGAGAGGAGAAGGAGAAGAAAACUUGCUAAUAGUUGACACAAUGUUGCUGCUGCUGAUAUCCUGCGCUGGGAGUAAGGCACCAGGGAAUAAGAAAAAGAAGUGUGAAAGAAAGAAAAGGAAAUGGAGUAGUUCUCAGCCAACCACUACAGUCCAAACUUUCCUAUUUAGGGUGGUUGGCACUUGCAUAAAAUGUGCCUUAAGCACAACUUAAUAAAAACUUACCUAUACAUCAGCUAUUCUUGUAACUAAGGUGUAAUUUAAAAAGUAUAAAUUUAACUGGCGUGAAAACAUAACUAGUCGACAAUCUGAGCAUUGGGGAUUCAUUAGUCAAAAUUUGAGCAUUUCACGUUUUGGCCAGAAUUGGAUUACCCUCCAUACUGUUUAGGGGACUUUUAAUUACUUAUUCAUCAUGUUUGAACAGUGUACUAUGCUAUUAUACAUUGUAUAAUUUUAUUUUAGUUUUUAUCUUAAGGACCUAUCUUUUAAAAAUAUAAGUUGCCUACUAUU